AUGCCUUGGAAGCGCAAGCGAUCAGGUCCAGGCUUCAACCGAGAUGCCUCGUCCGAUUCGACGUCCGCUUUCAAGCGCUCGAAACCUGGCUACAACCAGGUCUAUCGAUUGGCAUCCAAGAACAUUUGCGGUCCGGGAAUCUUUGUCACUUGCGUCCAGGGCAAGGAGCGAAAGGCAGCAUUGCAGUUUAUUGAUCUGCUCAACGAGACAGCUGAUCGGAUCUAUCCCGGUGUUGCGACCGAAAGUCUGAACGAUGGUGCCGACGCGAGAGAGGAUGAUGACGACCAAGAUAUGGAUGCGAUGAGGAAUGGUGUUGCUUCGGAGUCGAGCGUUCUAUCGUCUAGAACCAAAGAAGAAGCAGAAUCACCAGCACAACACCCAGUACAGGAGAAAGGUGGAGAGCCAGAACGUGUUAUGAAAGAGGACAAAGCAGAAGAUGACAUUGCGGCACAAAUCGCAGCCGAGCUGAAAGACAUCAAGGCGACCGAACGACCACGUCGCGGCGGAAGCUCGAAAGUCGCAGCUCCGCGCUUUAAGAGCGUCGAAACCGACACGGAAUGCUUCCUGUUCAUCUCUGUCUCUCGGCCGUUUGACCCCUACCUUCUGGUGUACACCAUCCUGUCAGAAGUGCAAGUCUCUGGUGAGCCACGAACACGCUUCGUGCAGCGUUUGACCCCAGUCACCACCACCUGCCCUGCCAAUCCCUCAGAUCUUACUUCGCUCGCCCGAACCAUUUUGCCCACAUUCUUCUCCUCUAAUCCGGACCAGGGCAAGACGUUCAAAAUCGACCCGAGGAUCCGGUCACAUAGCAAGCUGAAGCGUAACGACGUGAUCCAGAUCGUCGCCUCGCAGAUCCCCACCUCAGAACCCGCCGAGGAUGGACAGAGCAAGAGGAUCCAUAACGCCAAUUUGGGCAAUCCAGAUCUGUGGAUCGUUGUAGAGGUGGUCAAAAAUUCGGCCGCAAUUAGCGUGCUGGAGGAUUACGAAAGGUUUAAGAAGAUGAACCUGCAGAGUGUGGCAUUGGCUGCUAACGAGAAAAAGGCGGAGCUGCACGAAGCGGAUAAGGACCAAGGGUUGCGCGAAGGGCGUAUCGCUGCGAGUCUCGUCGCCAAAUCCAGUGCGGUUGACAAGAAUGAUGUCGAGGUAGCAACGCCGACGGAAGCAGGUCAAGGCGUCGGAGAGAUAGCUGCUGCAGUGACACCACAGCUCGAGGAUGGGGCAUCACAAGAGCCAAAGCAAGAUAACGAGUCACAAAUAUCCAACUUCCGCCUUUUCUAG